AUGGACGACGCCAUGCUCAAGGACAAGGAAGAGGUGCAGGACUACCUGAAGAACCUGUGCACCGAGUACAAGUACAGCUGCUACGGGGAGAAGAACCCGGAGGGAUGUCAACUUCUGGGCGACUUUUUCGCGCAAAUCGAGGGCGACUACGUGAAGGCGAACAAGGUCUUCAGUGAGAACUGCGAGAAGAGAAGCUACGGCCGCAGCUGCUCCUCCUACGGACUCAAUCUGCUCGGCGGUCGAGGUAGAAAACGCUUCGGUUNCGCGCAAAUCGAGGGCGACUACGUGAAGGCGAACAAGGUCUUCAGUGAGAACUGCGAGAAGAGAAACUACGGCCGCAGCUGCUCCUCAUUCGGACUCAAUCUGCUCGGCGGUCGAGGCACGCCAAAGAACCCCGCCGCGGCGUUCGAGCACUUCGUGAAGGCCUGCGACGCCGACGACGCCGUCGGCUGCGACUUUGCCGGCAAGCUGCUGACCGGCUGCGAGCCGUCCCUCUCCGCCCAGGCCGGUGGCCCCAUCAAGACCGAUGUG